CCCCAGAGCCCAAGCCCUCGUUCGUUGCCCCUGAACGCACUUACCUACGGAGCAAGUACGGAGCUCCGUAGUAGGGACUGAGAUCUGAAGGAGGGAACAACAAUGGUUUGGCGCGCAGGCUUGACCAGCCUCACCGAUCUUUCCAUUCAAUCGUCCCUUAGCUUUUGGAUUUCAUAGCAAGCACGUGUAUUUGCACCGCAAUCGUCCUCUUCCUCUUCCUUAUUGCUCUCUUGACACCCUCUGUAUCUUCAUAAUUUUGCCAGUUCUCAUCUCACAAUCACCAUGGCAAGCUCAAAGUACUAUAUCAAGGACGCCAUCACCAAGACAGCGGUCCACCACCACUCCUAUCAACAAUUAUGGGAGACCAAGUGGAAAAAGCCAGUGCGUGGGAACCCGUUCUCCCGCUUUCAUCAUGGGCCGACUGAUUCAACGACUAGUGCGAGAUGGGUGUCUACCCGUUCAUGUUUGGCGCCUAUACAGAUUUUGAGCCGGUUGCGCAAUCCAUCAUCAAGGCAGGACUUAAAGAACCAUACGACUGGGACGAAUAUGCCCAGUACUACUUCCCCAAGGCCGAGGAGUUGAAGAGCAUCGCCGAGGAGGCCGAAAAGGCAGGCGAGACCGAGAAGGCUUCUGAAUACUACCUUCGAAGUUCAGCCGUCUACCGUAUCGCCCGUUUUCCCACAUUCCGAUCGGAAAAGCAGAAGCUGGCCUGGAAGUUGGGAAAAGAGGUCUUUUACAAAGGUGCUGCGCUAAUGGAGCAUCCCAUCCACGAAGUCCUCAUUCCUCACAAACACGGUAUUGACGGCGAAGGGGAUGUGGUCCCUGUCAACUUCCAGCUCCCUGCGGACGCCUCACCCGAGAAGCCGGCUCCAUUGGUCCUCAUCAUUACCGGACUAGAUGGCUAUCGCACCGAACUCGCCGUGUGGCAGAAGGGAUGGGCCCAGAAGGGUGUGGCGACCUUGAUUGCAGAGAUCCCGGGGACCGGUGACUCGCCUGCCCUACGACAAGACCCCACCAGCCCCGACCGACAGUGGUCCAGCGUGUUGGACUGGAUCGAUACACAAAAAGCCGUGGACAACAAGAAGAUUGUGAUAUGGGGUUUCUCAACCGGUGGGUAUUAUGCGCUUCGGGUUGCACAUACACACAAGGACCGACUCCUGGGUAGCGUCAGUCUCGGCGGUGGUGCCCAUCACAUGUUUGAUCGGGAGUGGUUGGAGAACGUCAACAAGCUCGAGUACCCCUUUGACCUCGCUGGCACCCUGACAUACAAGUUUGGCUACCCGGAUCUCGAGUCCUUUAUCCUCGAUGCCGGAAAAUUCUCGCUACUUAACGAUGGAACACUAGACAAACCUUGUACUAACAUGCUACUCGUCAAUGGCAACGACGACGAGAUAUUCCCCAUCGAUGACAUGUUUGUCGCCUUGGAGAAUGGACAGCCCAAGCAAGCCCGCAUGGUCAAGGGCAAGAAGCACAUGGGGGAGCCCGACAGCUUCUUUAUCAUCCUGAGAUGGAUCUAUGCUCUUCUGGGACUCGAGGGUGACAUUUUUGACCAGAUGAAGACUUUGCCUAGCCGACCGAAAUAUUAACGGAUGACUCAUGCCACCUGCGAUUUGGUAGAUUAGAGUUGGAUAGACGGCAGAUUUAUUCAUAUAUCCCGUCUUGCGGCGAAUCAUUUACAUCAAGAGUCGGUGAGAAAUAAAAGCCACGCCUUUGGAUAAGGAAAGUUGUCAGGUCUAUAGAUACGUGUCUACUCAUCCUUUGUUCCUUAUCCUUUAGCAAACGAUCCCACGAUCCCAUAAAAUGCAUUCCCAUUCCUCCUCGGUGCUUCCAACGUGGGGGUUUAUCAGGCAUCGAAAUCUGCCCCGUACCCGGGCC